AUGUCCACGCGGUCACACAAAUUGGGGGAAGGAGAGAUGAGAUGGGGGAAUAGAGAGAGAUCCACCACCUCUGCCCUUCGGACUGGAAUAUAGCGACCCUGCAUCUCAAUACUACCAAGUCUAAACAUUGUUCACUUUGGUUCUCACUUGGUCUCUUUCGUAUCAUACAGUAUCUUCCAACUGAACCUGGCAGCAUGGCGAACCAACCAUAUACUCCCAAACCUGUAACCGACAUAUUCACAGCAGACACGGAUAUAGACCGCAGACAAUGCAAACGAGAAGUCCCAAUGCGCGUUCUCGCCCUAGGCCUAGGCAGAACAGGCACCGCAUCCCUCCGCUCCGCACUCCAGGAGCUCGGCUUCACAGACACAUACCACAUGAUGUCUGCCAGCGUAGAAAACCCGCCUGACUGCCUGAUGUGGCAGGACGCCUUCGCCGCCAAAUUCGACGGCGAGGGCGAAUUCGGCAGAGAGCAGUGGGACCAGCUCCUCGGCCACUGCCAGGCCGUGUGCGACUGGCCCGCCGUCGCCUUCGCGAAAGAACUCAUCGAAGCGUACCCCGAAGCCAAAGUCCUGAUUACCACCCGCGACGUUGAUUCCUGGCACGCCUCAACGCUCAAAACCGUCGACUGGCGCGCCAACGACCUCGAGCUCAAGUUCGUCGCGCAGUGGGACUGGGGCGCGGGGCUGUACCAGCCCAUGCUGCACAAGUUCUGGACGACGUUUUUCAAGGGCGAUUUCCGCACGUACGGCAAGCAGGUCUUCACCGACUACUACGCCGAGCUGCGGACUCUCGUGCCCCCGGAGAACCUGCUCGAGUACAAGAUGGGCCAGGGCUGGGCGCCGCUGUGCGAGUUCUUGGACGUGCCGGUGCCGAAGGGGAAGAAGUUUCCGCAUGUUAAUGAUACGGAUGGGUUUGUGGAUAGGUGUAAGGCGCGGAAUAGGGCGCAGUUGGGGAAUGUGCUGUUCAGGGGGUUUGUCAUGGGGGGUGGGUUGGUGGCGGCGGUGUUGAGUGCGAGUGUGACGGUGCAUAGGUUGGGUCUGGGGGGGAGGCUGCCGUCGCUGAUGGGGUUUUUGCGCGCGUGAUUUCUUGCAGAGCUGU